GCCUCCUCUCCACGCCGGAGCAGUCAGCAUGGCGGACGAAAGGAGCUCCGAUGAGUCCCAGCAGGAGGAGAACAGCGAGCCGGAGGAGGCCGCAGGAGGAGAGGAGUUCAGGCUGGAGGAGGUUCUGCGGCUCGGAGGAACCCAGGCAGAUUACGUCCUCCUGGCGGCCCUGGACGACUCCGCCGAGCUCGUGGAUGGAGGAAUGAAGGGCGCCAUCGACGACCUGGAGGAGGGGGAGCUGGAAAAGUUCAUCACCAAGCUGGGAAUCCGAGGCCACGCCGGGCUGAGUGUCCCAGACGACCAGGAGGGCGGCGGCGCCGCGCAGCAGGAAAAAAACAGCAAAAAGGUCACCGCUACGCCGGCGGCUGAUCAAGAGUCCGCCGCUAAGAUUAAAAAACAGAAGAAGAAGGAAGAUGGCCAGCUCCCAGCUGGGAAAAAGUCCAAGCAGAACCUGAACGUGUUUGAGUUCCAGCCGCGGCAGGUUCUGCUCAUCAAACCCGGCGGGAAGUGGUUUGAGCUGGAGUACGCCUCGGAGGGAUCGGAGGCGCCGCAGGACGGCGCGCUGGUGUCCCGCUACAAGGCGCUGGCUCAGCAGCUGUUCGAGUCCGAAGUGCAGCUCUACAGAACCAAGAAGAACCUGCAGAAAGGAGCCAACUCCACCUGGAUCAAGACGGUGGUGUCCUCCGGCGUGCUGGCAGACAGGAUGGCGGCCAUGACGCUGCUGAUCCAGGACGCUCCGGUCCACAUGCUGGAUCACGUGGAGACCCUGGUUUCCAUGGUGAAGAAGAAGGGCAGCCGGCGGAUGGGCCUGAUGGCGCUGGACACGAUGCGGGAGCUGCUGCUGUCCAACCUCCUGCCGGAGGACAGGAAGCUCCGCCCCUUCGCCCAGCACCCCUUCGACCAGCUGGAGGAGCGGGCGAGCGGCAACCGCGACGCCCGCGACCGGCGCCUCAUCCUCUGGUACUUCGAGCACCAGCUGAAGCAUCAUGUGGCCGAGUUCGUGGCGGCGCUGGACGUGGUCGCCCACGACACCGUGGCGGCCACCAAGGCCAAGGCGCUGGCGGCGGCCCACGAGCUGCUGUUGGGCCGCCCCGAGCAGGAGAGGGCGCUGCUGAGCCAGCUGGUCAACAAGCUGGGAGACCCCGACUAUAAGAUGGCGGCCAAGGCGGCGCACCUGCUGGAGACGCUGCUGCACCGCCACCCCAACAUGAAGGCCGUGGUGUGCUGCGAGGUGGAGCGCCUCAUGUUCCGGCCCAACAUCGGCGCCAAGGCCCAGUACUACGCCGUCUGCUUCCUCAGCCAGGUGGCGCUGAACCACGAGGAGGCGCCGCUCGCCUCCAAGCUCAUCGCCGUCUACUUCUCCUUCUUCCGCGCCUGCGUCAAGAAGAAGGACGUGGAGUCCAAGAUGCUGAGCGCGCUGCUGUCCGGCGUCAACCGGGCGUACCCGUACGCCGCCGCCGGCGACGAGAAGGUGAAGGAGCAGCUGGACACGCUGUUCCGGGUCGUCCACCUGGCCAAGUUCAACACGGCCGUUCAGGCGCUCAUGCUGCUCUUCCAGGUCCUGGACUCGCAGCAGAGCGUGUCGGACCGCUUCUACGUGGCGCUGUACAGGAAGCUGCUGGAUCCGGGUCUGUCGGGUUCGUCCCGCCAGAACAUGUUCCUCAACCUGCUGUACAAGGCGCUGAAGGCGGACGUGGCGCCGCGGCGCGUCAAAGCCUUCAUCAAGCGGCUGCUGCAGGUCGGCGCCGAGCAGGGCGCCAGCUUCGCCUGCGGGGCGCUCUUCCUGGUGUCCGAGGUGAUGAAGGCCAAACCGGGCCUCCGAGUUCUGCUGGACCAGGGAGAGAACGGGGCGGAGGAAGAGGAGGAGUUCAGGGACCUAAAGGAAGAUGAUGAAGAUGAAGAGGAGCGGAUUGUGGAGGAAGGAGUCUGCGAGGCAGAACCUCAGAACCGGCCCGCAUCAUCAUGGGUCCACCACCAGAACCUGGAAGGGCGGAGCUCUGAGGGCUACGACCCGCUGCACAGAAACCCGCUGUUCUGCGGCGCCGACCGCUCCACGCUCUGGGAGCUGCACAGGCUGGCUCUGCACUUCCACCCGUCCGUGUCCCUGUUCGCCAGAACCAUCCUGCAGGGAGAACCGGUCCAGUACUCAGGUGACCCGCUGCAGGACUUCACCCUCAUCCGGUUCCUGGACCGCUUCGUCUUCAGGAAUCCCAAGCAGCUCAAAGGGAAACAAAACACGGAUUCUGCAGCCAUGAGGCCCAAACAGCGGUUCCCCGUCAGCUCCUUACCAGGCAAGUUUUUCUCAGAACGGACCGGAAUGAGCGAUUUAAUUAAAACAUUUUUAUAUUUCUUUAAAAACUUCCUGAAGGUUUCUGCAGGACCGAUGCGCCCCCUGCUGGACGGGUCAUUUAGAAGCCAUCCAGCUGAGUCAUGGUUCCUGUGGCUCCAUCCUGACUCCGGCUCUGGGUCCUAACCUUCGUCUCUCUUCCCGUUUCCCAGGAAUGUGAAGAGUAAGAAGGGGAAGAAGGAGCAGGAGGACUCGGAGGACUCCGACGUGGACGACCUGGACGAUGAAGAGGUGUCUCUGGGCAGCAUGGAUGAGGAAGACUUUGGAGACGACCUGGAGGAGGAAGGCGGGACCUUCAUGGAUCCUGAUGAUGAUGAUGAUGAUGUUCCGGAGCUGGAGUUCAGCGAGGAUGAGGAUGUUCCUGAUGAGUCGGACAAGGACAGCGAGGUCCCGGACAUCGCUCCUCAGAGCAGAACCAGGAAGAGGAAAUCCUCAGCGGAUCUGGACUUCUCUGGAUCUUUAGAGCGUAAAAAGGAGAAGAAGAAGAAGAAACCAAAGACGGAUGGAGCCGUGUUCGCUGCUGCUGAGGAGUUCGGAUCCCUGCUGGACGAAAACAGCGACUCCAAGUUCGACAACAUCGGCCUGAACGCCAUGGCCAACACGGACCGAGCCGGCCUGAAGCAGCUGAAGUGGGAGGCUCAGCGGGACGACUGGGUCCACGGGCGGGACGCCAAGACGCUGCGCAGGAAGAAGAGCUCGUUCAACAAGAGGAGGCCUCUGGGCAGAACCCGCCCCGCAGGCGGGACCUUCAGGAAGAAGAAGAAGAAGUAGCGGCGGCGGCUCCGGCGUCGGACCCUCAGUCCCGUUUGUCGGCCCAGGCUUGGCGGUCGCGCUCUCUGAUGCCGUAGAUCCCCGCCCACUCGUUGGACUGGUAAUAAACUGGGAGGACAGAAGAAAGGCGUUAAAUCGACGCUCAUGUACAAAGUUUGAACAGAUUUCCUAAAAGUUUUUCAAUAAAGUCUGAAAUGUUUUCCUGAUCCGGGAUCCUGGUGGGAAAACAGGAAGUUAAAAAAAAAAAAAGAAAUAAACAAUUUCAUAUUUACUAUUUUUUUUC